GCCGUUGUUUCUUAAUUUCGAUUUGACAUAUGAAAAUGUAUUUUUGAAAUAUAUGGCAAUUGGUUCUGUUUUUUACAUAUUACAAUUAUUAUGUAGAUAUUUGUCCCAAUGUUUGCAUGAUUUCUAAAAAAAAAAAAAAUGGUCAAAAUUCUUUCAGUUUCUUUAUGUAAUAGAAACUGUGCCUCAUGAAAAAUGUUAAAUGAUUUUCCCACCUUACGUGGCUCCUCCUUAAUUGUCGUUCACAGAACGAGGUUGGUUUGAUUUGAUUUCAAUCAGCCACAAAAAAUGUUGUUGAAUGAUUGAAGUUCAUUAGAUAACCUGAACAUGUUAAAAUUAGAAAUAGAAAUGAGAGGCCCUGUAAUACAAGCAAGAGACCCUUUGCACAUAACUCAAGUUUAUUUUGUAAACAAACAUCAUUCAUCAGAGAAACAAUGUCGUCACCCAGUUGUCGUGUGUUAUUUUCGCUUUUUAUUUGCGUUCUGCUGCAGCAACCUAGCAAAGCAAUCAAACAGUCCUAUGUUGUAAUCUUAGGAUCACAUUCUUUUGGUCCAAAUCCUUCAUUAUAUGAAGUUAAAACUGUCGCGAACUCUCAGUAUAAUUUACUUGGAUCCUACCUUGGAAGCAUCGACAAGGCCAAAGAAGCAAUCUUUUACUCUUAUAGUAGAUAUAUUAAUGGCUUUGCGGCAGUACUUGAUGAAGAAGAAGCAGCCAAGUGUGCAGAGAAUCCAGAUGUAGUGACUGUCUUCUUAAACAAAGAACGACAACUACACACAACUCAUUCAUGGGAUUUCCUUGGGUUAGAGAGUAAUGGUGUAUAUACAAAGUCCUCAAUAUGGAGGGAGACAUUGGGUGAAGAUAUCAUCAUUGGAAAUUUAGACUCUGGUGUUUGGCCUGAAUCGAAGAGUUUUAGUGAUGAAGGAAUGUGGCCAGUCCCAGAAAGGUGGCGUGGAUUCUGUCAAAUUAAUGAAGAGAAUAAUGAUACAUUUCGUUGCAACAGGAAGCUUAUUGGAGCAAGAUAUUUUUACAAAGGUUUUCUGGCAGCUAUGGCACAAGAACCAGAUGCCUCGUUUAUUAGUGCACGUGACCAUGAAGGUCAUGGUACACACACUUUAUCAACUGCUGGGGGUAAUUUUGUUGCUGGAGCAAGUGCAUUUGGCAAUGGCAAUGGAACAGCAAAAGGUGGAUCGCCAAAAGCCCGUGUUGCUUCCUAUAAAGUUUGUUGGCCAUCACCAUACGGUAGUAGAUGUUUUGAUGCAGACAUUUUGGCUGGUUUUGAAGCUGCCAUAAGUGAUGGCGUUGAUGUGCUUUCGGUUUCUUUGGGUUCUGUGGAUCCCUCCGAAUAUUUUGAAAGUGGUAUUUCCAUAGGGUCCUUCCAUGCAAAUGCCCACGGCAUAAUUGUAGUGAAUUCAGCAGGAAAUGAAGGACCUUCUCCUGCAACUUUGGCCAGCAAUGAACCUUGGGUGCUCACUGUUGCUGCAAGCACAAUUGAUAGAGAGUUCACAAGUUAUGUUACACUUGGUGACAAGAAAAUCAUCAAGGGAGCGAGCCUUUCUGAGUCUAGCUUACCAUCUAAUAAUUUGUACCCAUUGAUGAGUGCUGCUGAUGCGGUAGCUGCUGGUGCUGAUGCCGUAGACGCCCUUCAUUGCGAGAAAGGAACUCUUGAUCCGGAGAAGGUGAAGGGAAAAAUAUUGGUUUGUCUUCGUGGUGGUCAUGUUGGUAAAGUUGAGAAAGGUGUGGAAGCUGCUAGUGCAGGCGCUGCUGGAAUGAUUUUGGCUAAUGACCAGAAAUCAGGGAAUAAAAUUGAAGCUAACCUUCAUGUGCUUCCUGCUUCACUUGUAAACUUUAUGGAUGGCAAUUACAUUUUUAAUUAUAUCAACCACACGAAGUCCCCUGUGGCUCACAUUUCUAGAGUGAAAACUGAAUUGGGUAUAAAGCCAGCUCCAAUUGUGGCAGGAUUUUCAUCAAGGGGCCCAAAUGUCCUUGAGCCAGCUAUCCUCAAGCCUGAUAUCACCGCACCCGGAGUCGACAUCAUUGCUGCUUAUACUGAAGCCACAUAUGCAACAGAAGAAUCAUCUGACAAACGCAUAACUCCUUUCACUACUUUGUCAGGAACUUCAAUGUCUUGUCCUCAUGUUGCUGGCCUUGCUGGCUUGCUCAAAUCACUUCAUCCUGAUUGGAGUCCAGCUGCUAUUAAGUCAGCAAUCAUGACCAGUGCAAGAAAAAAAGAUAACUCUGGAAAGCCUAUCCUGGAUUCAACACUGGAAAAGGCAACUCCAUUUGCUUAUGGUGCAGGGCACAUCCAACCUAAUCAUGCCGUGGAUCCUGGACUUGUAUAUGACCUAAAGACAACUGAUUAUUUGAACCUUUUGUGUGGUCGUGGCUACAACAGUUCCGUAAUUUUACUGUUCAACGAAAGGCCUUACCAUUGUCCAAACUCGUUCAAUAUAGCAGAUUUCAAUUAUCCAUCAAUCACAACUCCUCGCAUUGACUUUGGCCAUUCUCUCAAUGUAACUCGUACUCUUACCAAUGUUGGGUCCCCAAGCACGUAUAAAGUGCGCAUCAAGGCACCUAAAGAGGUUCUAAUUUCAGUUGAGCCUGAUACUCUAAGCUUUAAAGAAAAGGGUGAAAAAAGAGAAUUCAGAGUUACAUUGACCAUGAAGUCGAUAACAAAGGCUGAAUACCUCUUUGGGAGCAUAGAUUGGAGCGAUGGCAUGCAUCAUGUGAGGAGCCCUAUUGUUGUUAAGGGUGUUUUUGAGGCACACCUAGGUAAAGUACAAGGAGAACAACCCAGGACAAGCACUUGAGCUACAUGAGCAUUUUGUGCUCAUUAUGCUAUUUGAUUGUCGAUUGCGACUGUUUGAUAGUUGAUAAACAAGCACAUGCAAUUUUGUGCUAUUUGAGAGUCGAUGCACGACACAAUCAAUCUUGUGCUGUGCAGUGUAUGUUGUAGGAAUUAAUUUUUAAAUUAAUUAGUUUUAUGAAUAAGAAGUUUUAAA